ACAUGGAGUUAUACCCAAGCUAACCCCACAGAAAGCCCAUUUCCAUUUUUUCAAUUCAAUCGUCUGGAAGAACAGCGGAAAGUUUUUCAGCAUCGCAUCAGCAUCUCGUAAUCAAAGUUUUGAGUGCUCAUUGUCCCCAUAUUAUCGCAUUCGAAUGGGCAUUUUCAGUGAUUUCUUAAAACUUUAUACCCUUUCGUCAAAAUUUGCAGGGGCUGCCUGAAGAACUGUCGAGUGGAAGAUGGCGUCUUCAGCCUUCAGUUCUGUUUCUUGUUUCCUCAAGGAUGAAUCAAGGCUUUGGAAGCUUAAAAAGAGAAAUGAAGGUAAGGUGUUUGUUAAAUGUUCAGUGAGCACUAAAGCUCAAAAGCCGCAACCGCAAGUUCGCAUUGGUGUUCUUGGAGCCAGUGGCUACACUGGUUCGGAGAUUGUUAGGCUUCUAGCAAAUCAUCCACACUUUGGCAUUACUCUCAUGACAGCUGAUAGGAAAGCUGGUCAACCGUUUUCAUCAGUAUUUCCUCAUCUAAUCACACAAGAUCUUCCAGAUUUGGUAGCCAUCAAAGAUGCAGAUUUUUCAGAGGUGGAUGCCAUAUUUUGCUGCUUGCCACAUGGAACUACUCAGGAGGUUAUUAAAGCCCUUCCCAAGGAAUUAAAGAUUGUCGAUCUUUCAGCUGACUUCCGCUUGCAAGAUCCAUCCAAGUACGAGGAGUGGUACGGCCAGGCACAUAGAGCAGUGGAUUUGCAGAAAGAAGCUGUGUAUGGUUUGACAGAGAUUUUGAGGGAUAAAGUCAGGGGUGCUCGCCUUGUAGCCAAUCCUGGUUGUUAUCCAACAUCUAUUCAACUUCCUCUUGUGCCCCUAAUAAAGGCUAAUCUAGUACAACUUGGGGGCAUCAUUAUUGAUUCUAAAUCUGGUGUUAGUGGAGCUGGACGUGGUGCCAAGGAGGCAAAUUUAUACACUGAAAUAGCUGAAGGCAUUUAUUCAUAUGGAAUUACCCGUCAUCGUCAUGUUCCUGAAAUUGAGCAGGGACUAUCCGAUGUUGCAAAAUCGAAAGUAACCGUCAGUUUUACACCACACCUAAUGCCAAUGAUUCGAGGUAUGCAAUCAACUAUAUAUGUUGAAAUGGCUCCAGGGGUGACAACUGAGGAUUUGCAUCAACACUUAAAAGUCACCUAUGAGGAAGAAGAAUUCGUGCGCGUGUUGGAGAAAGGAGUCGUCCCUCGUACUCAUAAUGUUCGAGGAUCUAAUUAUUGCCACCUCAACAUCUUUCCUGAUCGAAUUCAAGGAAGGGCUAUCAUUGUUUCUGUUAUUGAUAAUCUUGUGAAGGGGGCUUCAGGUCAAGCUAUACAGAACCUCAAUGUCAUGAUGGGAUUCCAAGAAACCACAGGGCUCCUUUACCAGCCCUUGUUUCCAUAAAACACUGUUCCUGUUAACCGCGUGAAAAAAACUAAUUAUGUAUGAGAUGAAGAUGCUCCAUUUGUGGAAGCUCCAACCUCCGAUUGUAUCAUAAGAGUUAUCAAUGGUGGGAAAUAAGUUUUGGUGACAGUUGAUUCACCCAGCAAUGGCAUUUGUUCAAGAAUGUCCCCUGUACUGUUCUCUUCCAAGGUAAGCAGCACUUUCUUUUGUUGAUAUGUUCACCUUUCUUCUCAAUAAAGAACUGUAAAAGGCUGAGCUAAAUUAUACUAUUUCUGCUGUGGUGGAUCUAUGAUUUUCAUGCUGGGAGAAAUUUUGUCUAAACAUUUAGUAGAGAAAAUUUCAAGUAAAUUGAUGCAGUUUCUCACAAGUUUUUGGUUAAA